GCGAUUUGAGCGCAGGAGUGAAAAUGUGUGAGUGUGAUUCUGCGCCGGUCGCGAGCCUGCACGCUGCUGACAGACCGCAUCCCUGCGGAGGGAGUGUGUGUGCGCGCGCGUGAGAGAGAGAGAGAGAGAGAGAGAGAGAGUGUGUGUGUGUGUGUGUGUGUGAGAGUGUGUGUGAGCCAGAAGGGAACGUUAGAAGAACGUUAGAGCAACAACAUCAUCAUCAUAGGAAGAAGAGCUAAAGAAGGGGAAAGAGGAGUAUAAACUAAAGCACUUUUAGUGCAUUUCUUCACUUCGUCUCUUCUCUUGGUCUUUUUUUUAUUUCUCUUUUUUUCCCUCGAGCUUCUGAAAGUGUCCUGCGGCAUCUGGUGAAGUUUUUCCAACCCCCCCACCACCACCUUCACCCCUCUCUCCCCUCCUCUUCCUCUCUCUUGGUGCAGUACAUCCCCUCAGCUCAAGGGACUCCUGAGCGCCUAGCUGCAGAUCAUGAAGUGGAACCUGUUCAAGAAGAAGCCUGAGGCCAUGGUGGGCCCCGAGCCCACCGGCCUGGGAGGCACCCACCCGCCCAGCACCAUGACCAUGGCUCCUGCCCCUGCUGUCUCCACCACCGAGACCAACGCCACUGAGACUGGAGGGUCUUCUAUGGACGACAUCUUUGAGAAGAUCAGGAACAAGUUCCUCAAUGAGAUCGAGACAAUUCCAUUGCCUCCCUGGGCUCUGAUCGCCAUCGCUGUGGUGGCCGCCCUCCUCAUCCUCACCUGCUGCUUCUGCAUCAUCAAGAAGUGCUGCUGCAAGAAGAAGAAGAACAAGAAAGGCAAGAAGGGCAAGGACGGCUUCAACAUGAAGAACAUGCAGGGCGGAGAUAAACUGCAGGACGACGACGACGAGGAGGACGGAGAAACGGGUCUGACGGAGGAGGAGAAAGAGGAAGAGGAAAAGGAGGAAGAGAAACUGGGAAAACUGCAGUACUCUUUGGAUUACGACUUCCAGGACAAUAAGUUGACAGUGGGGAUCUUGCAGUGUGCUGACCUGAUUUCUAUGGACUCUGGAGGAACUUCAGACCCUUAUGUCAAAGUCUUCCUUCUUCCUGACAAGAAGAAAAAGUAUGACACCAAGGUGCACAAAAAGACACUGAACCCAGUAUUCAAUGAGACCUUCGUCUUCAAGAUCCCCUACCAGGAGCUGGGAGGGAAGACUCUGGUCAUGUCAGUGUAUGACUACGAUCGCUUCUCAAAACACGACAUCAUUGGUGAGGUUAAGCUGCCCAUGAACACAGUGGACCUGGGGCAGCCCAUCGAGGAGUGGAAGGACCUGGAAAGUGCUGAGAAAGAAGAGCCGGAGAAGCUUGGUGAUAUCUGCAUCUCACUGCGGUACGUCCCCACCGCUGGUAAGCUGACCGUCUGCAUCCUGGAGGCCAAGAAUCUGAAGAAGAUGGAUGUGGGUGGACUUUCUGAUCCAUAUGUGAAGAUCGCGCUGCUGCAGAAUGGAAAGCGUCUGAAGAAGAAGAAAACCACAGUGAAGAAGAACACGCUGAACCCGUACUACAACGAGUCCUUCAGCUUUGAGAUCCCACUGGAACAGAUGCAGAAAAUCCUUGUGGUGGUCACCGUCUUUGAUUACGACAAGAUCGGUAAGAAUGACGCCAUCGGGAAGCUCUUCAUCGGAAGCAAGGCCUCAGGAACGGAGCUGAAACACUGGUCUGACAUGCUGGCCAACCCCCGACGCCCCAUCGCCCAGUGGCACACCCUCAAAGAGGAAGAGGACAUAGACGCCACGCUGGCUGGUCUUUUCGCCAAGAAGUAACCCCUUCCCACCUCUCUACAACCUGACUAACCAACUAACCACUCCCCCUCCCUCCCAACCCAUCCACCUGACCCGGCCACCACUGCAUGAACCCCCGAGCUUCUUCACAUCUACACCAGAUUAACCACAAUGAGUAUCCAGAAUAAGCUACUUGAAAAAGUUACCAACAUUUGCUGAAUGUGAUGAAAACCCCAUGUCUCCAUAUAACCUUUUCACCAUGUAGCGUCAUAAAAAAACAAAAAUGUUCACCAGUAGAAGCGAGGAGAGUCGGAGGGUUGGAGAAGACCACGUUGUCUUGUUUGUCUCAAAGUCCCAAAGCAGUUUUUCAGAUUGGCGUCCCAUGCUCUAGCAGCAGUACAGGGAUCUCUGCAUCUGAUGGAGGCCACAAACAUCACAUUCCAUUCCAUUUUCACCACUAUAGUCAUCCCAAUAAACCGAUUUGAUAAAAAAAAAAAAUGCUAUUGCAUGUGAAUACACUAUUACUAUUAACGAAGGGCAGCUGCAAUGAGUAAGAAAGUGCUUAAAAUCAGACUACCUGAACACAUUCAUCCGUCACAGUGGCACAUACAGUAUAUUCAAAAUAUAGCAUUCUUCUCCAUCCAACAUUCAAUAAUUUAACAUUGAUCUAACAGUUCUAGUUAAAUACCAGAUAAACGCUGGUGUAUCAGCUGUUUCCAGACCUCAUAUUAAGUUGUUAAAUGUUAUAAAUGUCUUGAGUAAAUGUCACGUUAUUGAGUGUAUUGAAUGUACAAACAUGAACUGUCCACUUAAAGCUCCACUAGGUAGGAUUGAGAUUUUGUGCUCGUGGGCUCCCCCUACAGUUGCAGAGUGUAAUAAAUGUUUCAGGCUGAUUAGUUUCUCUUUCUUAAUUUCUGGCUUUCACAGACAUAUUCAGUCUCUUUCCAGCUUCUGCCAGAGUGUCUGCAUGUUUGUUUGUAAAGAAUGAACCAGUAGUCCUUGUAGAACUGUUAGAACUAAAGGUCGGAAAGCAGGUCGCAGUUCUUGCGAGCGUUGGUCGCGGUCGCAUCGGAAAACUUACAGAGUCUGGUUUGAGCUCAGAGGAGCUCCGGCACAGACACGAGAGCACCGCUAUUCCUCCUAUUACACCUCAAUGCAGCGCUGCAGUGAGUUUCAAGCUGUAAUUUUACUUCUUUAAAAAGUUUAAUAAUCAAGGAAAUCCUACCUAGUGCAGUACAGUACAGUAGCCUAGUAAGCCUUUGAGGCUUAACGGCCACUCAUACUGGCUCUAUGAGCUGGCUCAGAGUGCCUGAAUGAAUAUUUAUUAUAUGAAUUAAUUUAUGAUUAAGGUAUAAACUCUCACAAAACUCAUGACACUGAUAAACAUCCUAUUAAAAACAUUCUCACCUUUGUCUACAUUUGUUUAAUGUGUCUCAAAAUGUAUACAGUAUGUAUGAACACUAUAAUAAUAAUAAUAAUAAUAAUAAUAAUAAUAAUAAUAAUAAUAAUAAUAAUAUGUUUCUAAUCAACAACCACUUAUGGUAUCUUCACUUCAUCAUAUUUUCACUUAUGUUUGGACACAUAUAUAUACAUAUAUAUAGAUGUAUUUCAUGCAUAUUUCCCAGGUGAAGCUACUAAGACGAAAAAUGAAAUUGUUUACAAAGUGUAAGAAAACCCUUCGGGCUGCUGGAAUUGACUUGAACCUUCAGACUUGAUUUUUUUUAAGGUACAUGUAAGAAGAGUUGAUCCUUCUGUUUAUUGAGAUGCUGAGAUUCAGACGAAGAUUCAGGGCUGUGAUUUUGUGGAGCGAUUUACAGCUCUGUUUAUACACUGUUAUGAGCUACGUAAUACAUGAUAUUAAUAAUGAGUCGUAUUGUUAUGAGAUAUAUUAUAAUGUUGCAUUGUUCUGUAGAGUUUUAUUCAUCAGAGGAGAACGUAAUGUAAAAAAAAAAGAGAGAUUAUAUUAAUGUUUAUUAUAGUACACAUUAUAUUACUGUGCCAAACAUGGACACUGGCAUCGCUCACACUCACUACCAAUACCCAUUUCAACAGAGCUCAUUUACACUAUAGAGCAACUGGCGCAGUCUUAUUGCCAUCUGUUGGUUUUGGUGUGUACCCUUUGGAAGCUUCUAAUCCAUCUUCCAUCGUUCCAUCUUUGUUACAUUGCUUUAAAUGCAAUGAUUCACACCUACAGUAUAUUUUAAUACCUCUGGUUAGUUCACUGCCUUGUUUAAAGCAAAUGUAUCUGCGCUCAUUCGAACCCAUUCAAGCACCAACGCCAUCCAAUAGUCUAUCACUCUUUGAAAUGCCAAAGUAACAACAGAUGUUGAACACAAAGGGACACAGUUCAGUGGAGACGAGACGGACGCUCGUCGUCCCCUCUCCAUUGGUUCAUGCUGGAAGGACUUAGAAAAUGACUAAGGUGAUUUAAGGCAGCAUUUAAUCCAGUCCAUCUGUGUGCACUUCUUUCCUCAUACCCCUCUAACUGUGCUCUGUACAUAUAUGCAUUGAUCAAACUUUGUUAAUACAGCAUGUACCUACAACUCGAUGUACAUAGAAGCAUGUUCUGAAGAUAGAGCAGAAUUAUAUUGUGUGUAUGUGUGUGGCACUUGUCAUUUUGAUAAUAAAACGUAGAGGGAAAAAUGCACUGACUGCACAUUUUAUUAAAAAUCCCCCAGAACGGGUGUAGGACUGAAUGUAAAUUUAGAGCUAUAUUAUUAAUAGUAAGAGUCUUUCAGGUUACUUUUAUUGCCUGGAUUUGAGGAGCGCUACUGCAAGCUUGUGUGUCCAUUCUAAUCUGUACUCAGUCAGAAAGUCAAAACUUUUAUUUGUGGUUUUAUUUGUAAUUUGUGUAAUAAUUUGUGUCAUUAUUUGAAGGCUCCCUUCAUAGAGAGUUUAUAACACUGUAAAUGCAUUGAGAAUAGAAGCAUAAAACGAACACACACACAGACACUUACAAAAAUACGUAUUAAGGCAAAACAAGGCAAGGCAAGUUUUUUUUUUAAAUAGCACCUUUCAUACACAACAUUCAUUCAAAGUGCUUUACAAAUUAGAAAAUACAAAGAGAAUUAGUCAAAUAAAAAAAAACAUGCAACAAUAAAAAUGGAAAUAAAAUAAUAAAAUAAGAAUAAAGGAUGGAUAAAACAAAAUUAAAACAAAGAGAAAUUAUAAAUUGUAAUUUAAGAACAAUGUUAAAAAAAAAAAACGGAAAAGAAAAUACAAGACAUUAUAAUUAAAAUAGUAUUCAAGUAAUGAAAAAUUAAGAACAAAAAGCAAUGUUAACAGUGUGGAAAGCGCAGCUAAACAGAUGUGUUUCACAUCUCAACAUAUCAAAGCAACAAUUAUCAUUUAUUAUUUAGGAAUGUAUUUUUUUUAUUCUCCAUUAAUUAUUAAUUUGUACUUUUUUCCUUCUCUCCCAAUAAUGACUAAAUUACUCUCUAACAACAUGUAAACUUCUUUUCUAUCCUUACCUAUGUCCAUUUAAUAUAUAUUUUUUGUUUUUUGUUUUUUUCCUUCCUUUUAUCUACUUCUUUAUUUUUUUUUCUUCCUCCUUUUUUCUUUUUCUUUUGUAAGUUUUUUGUGUGCUCAUGUCCCUGUCCUUACUAAAUGAAUAACCAAUAAAAUUAAAGACUUAAAUAGUCCUCCGAAAAAGAAGACUUAUUAUUGAGGAAAUAUUGUAUUUAUUUAAUUUAAAUAUUAAAUAAAUACAGUAUUUGCUAUUCACUGUUACUCUCAAUAAUAUUAUAAUGGUUUUUUUUUAAGAACAGGCUGUGACAGUGACCACAAGACCACAUAAUGUGUUGUAAGUAGUAGCUUAAUACUAAAGUCAAGAGCAUUUGUUCCAGUUAUAACACAUCCAGUUAUGAAGCUUUGUUCCCAAGUAUUGUUCCCAAGGUUAUGCCUGUUUAUGAACACUUACCUAAAUCAGUUCUGUAUAUUUCUAGUUGGCAGAAAGUGUUUUAAACACUUUUUUCUCACUAUUCAAGGGAAUCAAUGAGGCAUCUACAACAAUACUAUAACAUCCAGUAGUAGGUGUAGCAGUGGUAAUGAUGCUUCAUUACAGUGUUACACCUGAAACAGUGCCAUUAUAAUAAAGAAAGAUAGGGCUUAUAUGUCAGUGCAAUGUUAUUUACUUCAUAAAAGUUCAUAAGUAUUGCUUUAUAAAACAGUUAUUCAGUGCCUAUGCUUGUGUUAUGAAAUCCCUAUGAAGUGAGCCUUCAAGUAACGUCUGUCCUUCAUAUAUGUCUUUUUUUAUGUGCUGUUAUGUGUGUUUUUGUUAUUGUUCAGACUGUGUUCAUGUGUUAAUAUGUGUGUGUUUUUACUGUUUGUUUAAGCCUAGUGAUAUUAUGAUAACACUUUCUAUGAAUGUCAUCUCUAUUACACUCUAUAAACAUACUGGUAUUCAUAACACAUUAUAAUGCAUUCAUAAGGCAUCUAAACGUACAACACAUUAUAGACAUGUUUAUUAUGUGUGGUAAAUUGUGAUUAUAAUACAUAAUAAGCUGUGAUUGUAAUAUGUUUCACAUCUGGGUUAAAAUAUAAAAUAGAUCAUAUUUCUGUUACUAUUAGUACUUUAUUUCCAUGACGGACAUGUGUCACUUUACCUAGAGUGUACAAUGACACAUUAUAAUACAUUAUACAUUAAUAAAAGCUAUUAUAAUAUUUAUAGUAGUCAUAGCUUUGUUGAGGUUCUUGUUAUCGACAUAUAUCAUAUUUUAAACACAGCCGAUGAUUAAUAAUAAUCACAUUUUAAAAUGCAUAAUAAACACAGCUAUAAACUGUUUAUAAUGCUUUUUGAAUGCAUUAUAAGGUGUUAUAAAUAUGUUUAUAGCAUCUAAUACAGAUGACAUUCAUAAAAAGUGUUACCAAUAUUAUUUUUCAGUUCUGGGUCUCUUUUUACUUCAGCUAAGGAGUAAAAACCCUAGUCAGAAGCCAUAUAUGAGACUCUAAUUCACAAUCCUUACAAUAUACACACCUCAGUGGUUACUAGAGAUAUAAAAAAAAAUACAUAUGUUGUUCCUUUAGAAAAAGGAUGCAAAUAAUAGACACAUUUCACUGUAAAAAAUAAAAUACUGUCUGUUAAAAGGCAGAAAAAUGUUUUAUCUCUUUAAAUGAACAUAAAAGAAGAGUUUCCCCAAAAGCUUCUUAAUCUUAAGACUGAACUGGUAAAGAGAGAGAGAGAGAGAGAGUGUUCAGUCUGAUGCUCGCUCGACCACUUAAGACUCGUAUUUAAGAUAAGAUGCUUUGGGGACACCCAGCUUUGUUCACCAAGAGACAGGACUCACACACACACACACACACACACACAUACACACACACACAUAUGUAACGCAAACAAAGGAAGUAUCAGUGCACUCGUCCUAGGCUAACUUUUUCAUCAGUUUAAUCAUAAAAACGAAUUGAUUUCUCGUUCUCAUUAAUGAAUCACUGUAAUGCUUGCAAAAAAUGACGAUUAGUAGUUUAUUACGAAUCUAGUGACCCACAAGUAACAGUGGCAUGAUUUUAUUAUGCAAUGUGUGUCUACGUCAAUGUAUGCCUGCGCGUGUGUGUGUCUCUUUUGUGUGUGUUUGAGUGUGUGUGAGCGUAAAGACGAGGCAGAAAACACUCAUUAAGGUCUGUUUGGGUGUUUUUUUUUUCUUGGAUGGUUGGCCAGAUGGCUAAUGGAUGAUGUAUCACCUGUUCAAAAGAAUGUGUAUAAUUAUAAAUGAUUAAAAUCAAAAAUGUUAUAUUUAAAGCCUGUUAUGUAAUGUUGUGAUCCUUUGUUUUCUUUUUUUAAUGAUGCUGUUUAAUGUCUGUCAUUACAGGAAAAAUGCUCUGAUUAGCUGAUUAGCCUACUGUUAAUAUAAUUAAAUCUAAUGUUUUUUUCUUUCUUUUUUUCCUCAUGAAAUUAUUAUAACGACAAGAAUACAGGCCAGCUGUUGUUGGUUUUAGCAAGCUUUACAGAAUGGCAAAACAUACAAUUCAUAAGUAUUUUACAUUGGCAUACUUUACUUUAAUUAUUUAACUAAUGUUUUUCGAUAGAUAUAUCAGCUCUGCUACAUAAAAUACAGAUCAAUUACACACCAUCAGCUAACAUUAGUUAGCUCUGUUACACAAUAGCCAUUAAUCUAGGUAACAUUAGUCCAACAUUCGUUCAAUUAUGCCACAUCAGAGAUCUUAUUAAUUCACUAAAUGCUGAAUCAAUGUGAUUUUUUGUAAUGCUAAGUCCCGCCCUUCAACAAAAAGAGCCAAUCAGCUUGCUGAUUGUGUGGAAAGCAGAGGAGAAUCAUAGUGCUAGUGAGGAAGCCCCCACACCACAACCACCCACUAAACCCCUACCACCCCCAACCCCCGCACAGAUGUAAACAUGGUAAAAAAGAAAGCAGGGCGGUACUCCUGCAGUUUGCUGGACAGGGAAACAGAAGAAUCCUCUAACAAUAAUCUGAUAAUCUACUUCAUCCGUGAGAUAUUCUGUUUACAGGCACUGAGACCUAGUUAAAGUAGCUACAUCUUUACCAUACCUCAAAUUCUCUCUGGAGUAACAGUUACACAAAAUCUGUGAUGUUCUCUUUGGGUCACCCAGGAACCCAGGAAUGAGCCCACAGUCGCUUCUUUCUCUUCUUUUUGCAUUUUUUUCUGAGCACAAAAGCGCUACCAUCAUGCAAAGUGCUUCUCUAGCCAUGAUUGUCUCUAGUAUGCUCCUCCCCUGUGAUGACCUAUGAACUCACACAAGGACGUGGACUAUGAUUGGUCGAUGACUAACAUGUAGCAUUGCCAGUUCCCCGAGUACAACACGAAACGAAGAUAACUGCUUAAUCUGACAUAGUGAACAUAAGACUUGGCAUAAGAGGCUUGUGCCAAGUUGCCUUUAAAGACUUUAUAAAGACCACAUCCACCAUGCUAACACUGGUUACAUAACAGUUACAUUACCGCAAAAUACAUGAUAUAUUAUUAUCUAUAUCUAUAAAUGUAUAUCAACAGUGAAUAGUCAAUUACAUACAUAUAAGCUAAAGCUAAAUUGUCCUAAUCAUUCUGUGAAGCUUGUCCAACCCAGCAAUCUAACUCUAUCUGUUUGACUAUUAGAAACAUCGAUUUUGUGCAUUUAAUACGUUUCCAAGAUGUUGGUCUACAAUGUGCAAUGUUUCUGAGUAUUAAUUUUUAUUUUAUUUUAUUUUUUACAUGUUGUUUUUGAAUUUUUUUGAGGCGUCAAAGGUUUGAGGUCACAGUCCGAGUGUUUGGUCUCUGGUACGGCUGCUCCUACAUGUCGUGUGCAUUUAUAAUUUCUUUUUAUAGUUCUUUUCAGGCUGCCUUGGACUUUUUAAUGCUGCUGCUUAGGACUGCUUCUUCUUGUGUGUGUCGUGAGCCUACGUUGCUAUAGGACCAAUGCAGAAUCAAAAGAAAUAAUGUCUCCAUGUUUCUUCUUCUGUGACCAUAAUUGAAAAAGCUGCAGAGGCUCUUUGCUCCCCUGCCAAGCAGACAACAAAAUCCCAGUCUUCCCUGGGACACUGUGGACGCCAGCGACUGGCCCCAUUCCCCAGUUCCAGACAUUCGAUUCCACCACCCGUCAGAACCACGUCAACCGCAGAGACCUUUUGCCGACGCAAUACUGCCGACACUGCUGCUGCUUUACUAACAUGAACCUAACACUCUUCCCCCAGCGCUCAUCUUCUUCACCGUGGCACCGAGUAAAGACUAUUUUCUCCCAAAGAACUGAACUGCUCGCCCUCUUCCCUUUUUCGUCUCGUGUAGAGGUACCUGUAUCAGUGAUUCCUUUUGUGGAUGCUUUGGCAUGCUUUACCUUCUCUUACAGAGGAACACAUUUGCCACUGGAAAAUAAGCCUUUGCUACUCCCGUAGCUUAAUUUAGCUUAUUGCCAUCCUGCAAACCUGAAAUGUCAAAAAAAAAAAAAAAACAUUAACUGAUACCAACCACUGCAAAAAAAAAAAAAAAAAAAAAAAUGUUACAUGCAGAUCCAUCCACUGGUUUUACCAACUAGCUAAUCAUAUAAAAUAAAAUAAAUGCCUUUUAAAUA